AUGACAGAACCUGUCCAUACUGGAGGCGAGGGUGCGUGGGUCCUUGUAUCAAGGAGAUGUAGUGAUACUCCCACACCAUCACCAAAGGCAACAAAUGGAGCGGAUAUCCUCAUCCAUCAGGUAGAGCAAGCGGUAAAUGCAGAUGAUCGUCUAGACUUUGCCAAAGCCACCUGUCCGUCUGGAAUCACCACUACACGAUUCUUCGCCGAGCGCGGCCACCCUCAGCUGGCUGAAAACAAAGAUCCAGGCUUGGGAACGGCCCGAUCGGACUGGAUAGAGAACUCCGAUCUCUUGUACGACUUGGUCACUGACGUCUGCCCCUUGGUUGGAUCAAAUACCACACUGGGUUUGGCAAUAUCCAGAUCCAAUACGGAUCCACACGGGAACGUAGCUGCCACCGUGGUUGGUGAUAAGCUUGGUGUGGCUAGCCAGUCGCAUAAAACACCGCACUGUGGCCUAGAUCUUGUGCGAGUCGAAGGUGUGCCAAGCACCGGGAUGGGCACAUAUGGAGGUCGCAGUAUUAGUCGGUUACCAGUACUACGCUACACAAGACUCAAAGAUAUCUGCGUUCUUCCAGAUGAAGCAAUAGGGGGGCACCCUGAAGAGAUGUAUGGCUGCGACACGAAGCAGAACACAUAUGACCGACAUGCCCACGAGUAUCUCCCAAAUGAUUGUGGGAAUACCACCCUCAACGCUUCAAGGAGCACCUUCGUCUACGAUAGGGCCCAACAGGAGUGUGCUCGAAAGGUCUUGUCUGGGCAUGGGCCGUCAAGCAGUGGUUGGGAAACUGAAGGUUCUGAAUCCGAGUACCAACCCGUCUCCGAAAUUGGGUUCAACGACUACGGUUCACGAGACGAUUCGGUUGUCUUGGUUGGUGAUUACGUAGUUGUGGAUCAUGGCUCAACGAAUGCGGACUUCUGUCCUGACCAUGUUGUCCAUAUUGGCGAUUAUGCGGGAACGAUUACUGAAGCAAACGCACCACGUAAGGAUUAUUCUACGACGGCAGCCAGCCAGAGCUACUGUCUGCUUGGCAUUCCGACGCGAGAGACAACACAGGUUGGUUCUCUGCUUGACUUGACAGCCUUGCGGAACUCGAUGGCAUCACUCAGGGGCCUGCGCGAAGUUGACGAUGACCCCUGGAAUGUAUUCAGUAGGGAGACAUUGACACGCAGCAGACUGGCGAAUGUACUGGCUCUAGCCACUCUGCGCCGUAACGACUUCGGCGCGUAG